AUGAAUCAAAAUAAAUAAAUAAAUGGGAUUUUCUCUUCUUUGCCCCUGUCUGAGUGUCUGCAUUUUCUAAACUUCUCUGUUUCUCCUCCUCCAUGGUCGACCCCUUCGCAUGGCGAGACGAAACCACACAACCCCACUUGGCUGCAUAGCAUGCGACGAGCUUAGCGAAUUGGGCGCAGGCACAGAAUUCUGGCUCAUAAACAACCCCUCUAUUCUCUCUGCACUCGACACUCACUCUAUCGCUCUUUCUAACAAAUCAUUGAUCCUUAUCUUCGGAUGGUCCGAUGAUCCCUUUGAUAAUAUUAAGGUUAAGAUCCACCCUGAGCUUUCUCCCAUCGAUGCUGAGUACAUUACCGCCAUUGAAUGGCUUGUUUUUGAUGAUAUUCGUGUUCUUGCUGUUGGGAUUUCUUCUGGGUAUUUGUUGAUUUAUUCUUUGGAUGGUGGUUUGAUCCAUAAACAGAUAAUAUAUCCUACACGGAUCUUGAAGCUUCGGGUUCGUGGGACAAAGAGAGAUAUUUCACAAGAUAUAUCAAAUGAGGAGGUUUGCAUUGUUAUGAAUGGAGUGAUAGCACGUUUUGAUGGAUCUGAUUUGCAGGAUAUGUUACGGCGAUGGUUUCGAGAAACACAAACAAACUUUUGGGAUCAAAAGAGGAAGAAAAGAGAUUUGGAUGAUUUUGAGGAUUCUUUUGAGAGAGUUCCUUACCAGCUGUGGAGUGUUAACAAAUAUGGAGCUUGUGCUGAUGCAGCAAUCACAGGCGUUAUGCCACCUCCAUUAAUGGAUUUUGAGUCAAGCCAGCGCUAUUACCGUGCAGUUACAAUCGGCAAUGAUGCUGUCAUUUCAGCAUACAGGCUUUCAGAAGACAAGAAUAGGUCACUUGUUGGUGCCAUCCUAUCAAAAGUUGUUCCUGCAACAUUUUCAACUAUAGCUUCAUUCUCCAAAUUGUUAUGGAGAAGUGACAGAUCAUCUCCAAAGAAAUCUGAACCAAAGCCUCAGCCAUUUGCUCGAGCUGCUUCUCUGACUUGUUUGAAAGAUCCACCAAGAAAAGGAGAGAAGCUGACCUUGUCACCUAGCGGUACAUUGGCUGCUAUUACAGAUUCACUUGGUCGGAUAUUGCUCUUAGACACUCAAGCCCUUGUUGUGGUUCGACUGUGGAAGGGAUAUCGUGAUGCCAACUGUCUUUUCAUGGAGAUGCUGGUUAAGAAAGACUCUGCUUCAACUUCUUACCACGAGUACAAGAAGAGUGAUUAUUGUUUGUGUCUUGCUAUUCAUGCUCCUAGAAAAGGAAUCAUCGAGAAUGCAUUGAUACAGGUGUGGCAGAUGAGAACAGGUCCACGGCUUCUAACAAUUCAAUGCGCCAAAGGAAGUAAGAUUCUUCAGCCAACUUACAGAUUCAGCUCGUCCAUUACAUCCUCUUCAUCAUACAUGCCAUUAGAAGUUUUUUUAUUGAAUGGAGACUCUGGUCAAUUAUCAGUUUUAAACAGAUCACUCAACUGAUACACUACUCCCUAUGAUUUAAUUUUACAUUCUUUUGUAUUUUCUAAGCUGUAAAAGUUCUCUGUGUAUUUAUAAUACUAAACCAUUUACAAAUGUGUUCUGAUUUUCGGAGCACUUUCCUGGAGCAUGAGCUCUCCAGUCUCCAAGGAUAAUGACUAAAUUGUAAAUUAUUCAUUAUAACAUUUAUAAGCAAUUCGUAUUAGACCCUUUUUUUUUU